AUGGAGUUUAAUGUUGAAAAAUGUAAGGUGUUGAGGGUUGUUAGAACACGUACAAUAUAUGAUAGGCAGUAUACUUUAGGCUCCUCGCAUUUGUCGGUUGUUCAAAGCGAAAAAGAUUUAGGUGUGUGGAUUUCUGAUACUUUGAAUUGGAAUAUUCACACAGAUAAUAUAGUUGCUAAAGCCCAGAAAAUGUUAGGUCUAUUAUAUCGAACCUUAAAGGAUAUUGAUGAUAACAGUGUGAAGCGUCUGCUUUAUUUUACUUGGGUGAGGCCAACUCUUGAAUAUGCUAGCCCAGUAUGGUCUCCUUAUAAGAAACGGAAUAUUAAUAAAAUUGAAAAGGUGCAACGUAGAGCUUCUCGUCUGAUCCUAGGUCAUGAAGUUGAUUAUAAAUCUAGACUAGAAAAACUUCAUCUUCUACCUUUGUAUAUGCGUAGAGAAAUCACAGAUCUUGUUUUUCUCUUUAAAAUUAUACAUGAGUUAGUUAUGAAGUUAAGCACCGAAUCAUGA